CAUGGCGAAUCCUUUAUUACCAGAAGAGCGUCUUCGGCAGAAGAUACAAAUACGCGACAAAACACUUCGUAAUGCGUUGGGUGAAUUUUUCGGUACUGCACUACUAUUAUUUAUCGGAAUUGGAAUUGUCAUGCAAUUCGUACUUUCUCAUGAGAAACUCAACACAUGGGUACAGAUAAAUAUCGGAUGGGGAUUUGCUAUUGCCUUUUGCGUUUACACAAUCUGCAAACUAUCAGGAGGACAUUUGAAUCCUGCAGUAUCGUUUGCCUUUUACACCUUGGGGAAACUUCCGCUCAAGGAUUACCUUUGGGGCAUUCGAGGACAUUUGAAUCCUGCAGUAUCGUUUGCCUUUUAUACCUUGGGGAAACUUCCGCUCAAGGAUUGUCUGUUUUACUGUUUUGCACAGACUUUUGGGGCAUUCGUUGGCACAGCUGGUGCUUAUGGAAUUUAUUUUGUUGCCGGACCAAAAGGAACGGGAGUUUGCUUUUGCUCAUUUCCGGAAGCGCACGUCAGCAACACUAUAGCUUUCUUUGAUCAAGUCAGGAGUACAAGCAUGGGCAUGAAUGUUGGCUAUCCUAUCAAUCCGGCUCGUGAUCUCGGACCGAGAAUUUUCAUGUUGUUUAUUGGUUACGGCUCCGAAGCCUUCACGUAAGC